AUGUACAGAUCAGAGCCAUUUCUGAAAAUGUCGCUGCUGAUUCUGCUUUUCCUGGGAUUGGCAGAAGCCUGUAUUCCUCGUGAAGGCUUGCUGAGCCUCCAAGUACUGCAUGAAGAAACAAGUGACUGCAAGGAUGAAGUUAAACCCUUCUCAGGCACCACCCCAUCCAGGAAACCACUGCCCAAGCGGAAAAACACGUGGAACUUCCUGAAAUGCGCCUACAUGGUGAUAACCUACCUCUUCGUAUCCUACAACAAAGGGGACUGGUGUUACUGCCACUACUGUAACUCGGAACUGGACAUCAGGUAG